ACCGACGUGUGUGUACUGUGUACGUCGUCACAUCUUAUUGUUCGCUGUCUUCAAUUGGUGAAAUAUUAAAUAUUAUAAAAUAAUAAUAUCAUGUCGAAAGUAACGUUCAAGAUUACCUUGACUUCAGACCCAAAACUCCCUUUCAAAGUAUGCUGAUGCUGAUCACGUCACUGAAGCUUGUACGUUGAAGUUAUGUCAACUUAUUAACCAGUAUGGAAACUGUCGUUGUCAGACAAUUUUUGGACUUUUUACAUGAUUUUUUACAUUUAUGUCAACUUGACAAUUGGCCAAGUAAUGACACAAGUGAAAAUGAGCUGAGAAAUGCAUUUUUAAUGUCACAGCAUGUUGUGAAAUGCUUAGAUAAGUUGCACGAGCUAUUUAUUAUUAAUGAGUUUGUAUCUACAUUGAGUGAUAGCAGUAUAUCCAAUGUUCUCUUGAAAAAAUGCUUAGAAGACCCUCCAAAAUACAUUUUGAAAAAAAUUAUUAACUCUUCGUCAAAAAUUGGUCAAAUGGAUGUGGGUUUUAAAGUAUUUGUAGAACUGUUUUCUGAGGAGAAGUUAGAAGAUUAUUUAGCCGAUUUUUUUCUAGAAGCAGCAUCUAAAGAGACACUUUUAAAAAACUUACCAAAAGAGUUUCCUAAAGAUGCAUUGAUGAAAUUUAAAACAGAAUUAAUAUUAUCGGAAUUAAGCAGCUGUAAUGAUUUUAAACCAAUUAUAAAGGAUAUGUUAAAUGAUAGUAAUGAAAAUACUAUAGACUUAUUACUUAGUUGUUUACUUAACCAAAAUUUGAAAUAUACUGUUGUUGUGAAAUGUAUUGUUGAUAUUUUUAUUGAAAUAAUGCAAUCCAAAGAAAUAAUAUAUAAACAUUUUUGGAAACAUUUGUACAGACUAGAGGAAAAGUUUUUAAUAGAUUUGUGUAUUCAACACAAUGAGAUAUUUCAGUUACUUUCAAAAGCCUUGAUAGAUUGUGGUAGAUUAUUAAAAGAAAACAUGUCAGCUGAAUAUUUUUACAUAGAUCUAACAUACUCCGAACUUAAAUCUGUACUGUUAAAAAUUUCUAAAAAUGAACAAUUGAAAAUGGAGUUUCUGGAAUUAGUUAUGAACAAUGAAUCUGAAUUGGCUUUCUGGAAUAAUAUACUGUUGUAAUUAUUAAUUGUACUGUAAUUAAAAAAUAAUUACAUUAAGCUAUGAAUAGUUGAAUUUAUUACUCACAAAGAGAUUGCCUUAACUUAUAAUUGUUAUGUAAUAAUAUAGGCUGUAAACUUAAAUGACAAUAAUAUAUUAAUCACUGUAAUUUGAUAUUUAUUAAACUUUUUAUACCAGGUUUUAUGUUUCUAAUAAUUUCAACACUUGCUUCUUCAAUCGAAGGUGUUGGUACAUAAUUUUCAGACUAUGAAAAAAAAUUAAAGUGUCUAUCUGUAAUAGGGAAAUAACUGCCUUUUAUUGAGCUAAGGUUAUUUGCAUGUCAUUAAGACACAUGAAUGAUUACUUAAAUUUUUUCGCUUGCAACUAAAGAGCAAUGGCAGGAGUGAAUUAGGCUUCAUUUUGUCCAAAAAAACAUGAUUCUUUUUUUGAGAUAUCAUAUUUUUUUUAAAUACUAGGAAUCAUAUUAAACAUUACUAAUAUUCCCUUCAACCACUUCUGGUAAGUUUAAAAAUGCUUGUGUUAGAAGUGGUUCACGACAGUAGUUGAAUGGUGGAUUCAAACCCUCGACCUUUCGAGUUCACAGCCCGCGCCCUACCAUUAGGCUACUGUCGCUUGAUAAAAUAUUGCUUAUCUUAAAUCGAAGAGCGAAGCCACGGUGGGUCGCUAGUAUUGUAUAGUCUGGUUAGUCAGUUAGUAGUGGUACUGGUUUAGUCCACUUAAAACAAAAUUUAAAAUCUGACUUCAAAAAACUAUAAACAAUAUAAUUUAAAAUCAAAAAUUUUAUACAACCGACUUCAAUAUAUAAUUAUUAAGAAUAACUCAAAUUUAUAUGGGACCACAUGUGAAGUAUCAGCUUUCAAAUAAGAAAAGAAUCGUUGAAAUCGGUUUACCUAGUAAAAAGUUAUAAGGUAACACACAUAAAAAACAUACAGUCGAAUUGAGUACCAUUUCCAUUUUGAAGUAGGUAGAAAAUGAUUUUCAAAUAAAGCUUCUAAAGUCAGUGCUAAGGCAAAAUAAAUUAUUUUAUUAUCUUAAAUGUACUGAUGUAGUUGCCAUUUUAAGAAGAAGAUCGCAUAUUCUCCUUAUACUCACGAUUACGAUGCCUCGUAUAGCGGCCGCAAGAUACGAUGAAACAGCAACUACAGUAAACGUUAGAAAAAUUGUAUAGCCUCUGAUAAGAUUUUUUAUUUAUUAUAGAAUAAGGGUGACAAACGACCACACAGUCCACUUGACUGUAACUGGAUGUUAGGCCCUACGUGUACACGGAUAAUAGACAUCUACAUCAAUCCUCAAUUAACCGUAUCGUUGCGGCACCAAUUUUCGACAACUUUUAGCUGUGGCGGCGAACAAAUAUUUCAUGACCAAGCGCCACUUUCUUUGAAAUUGAGAGUGACUUUUUUACGCAGAGAUUACAAUCAUUUUGUACUAGUUUGUUUUAUAAAAAAAAUCAUUUAUAUAAGUAGGUACAACUAAAUCACCCUGGAAAACCUUGGUUUUUAUUAAAUUAAAUUUUCACCUAAUAAUAAUAUUUAUAAAUAUCAAACAAUUAAGAAGGUUUAUGAUUCAUUAAUAUUUACAAAUGUUAAAUAUUAUUUAAUGUUAUACAAAUGUAAAACUAAACUCGAUUUGAAAACGUCCAAUUAGUAAGAAUAGCAAAACAAGUGUUUUCAAAAGGAAACAAACGUAGGGGCUAUACGGGGGCGGAUUAACGAAAGACUAUUUAUUAGCAAACUUGUUUUGUGCAUGAACGGUUUCAAACUUUCAAGCAAAAAUAAAUUUUAUACCAUAUCACAAGAGCACAUGGUACUUCGUAGGUCUAUUCGGCCAUAUGAUAGUAAUAAGACGGCAGUUCAACCAUUUUAAGCAAAAUUAAACAAUAAGACAAACGCAUUGUUUUUUUUUAACAGGAGACUUGUUUUCCAGAAAUUUAUUUACUACUUGAGCUUGUGAGCGGUCGCAAUGAGUGCUAUUUUUCCACAACACGAUUGAAAACCCACAAAGUAAAAAGAGUACCAUGUACAAGUUAGAAAAAGGUUGCCAACCCCUAAAAACUUCAAAUUUUAAAAAUAUCCAGAAACGAAACUGCAGGCAUGAAUUACUUGCAAAAUAAUGAAUAUUUUGUUGUGGAUAAAUUUUCCAAAAACUCAAUUUGAGCGAGUUAUAACGAUUUAAAAAAAGACACGACUCGCGUGUCAUACGCACUGAACCGGUUAAGAAUUACAAUGCAGUUUUGUUGUCACCCCUGAGAACUAAGAUGAAAUGCCUCAAAUCUAGUUGUUUUUUGUUUUACUAUUCUCUCGCUAAACUACAAUCAGUUUGUCGACGAGUACACGCUCUUAAAACUAUGUAUUACUCGUAUUGUGCACCGUCACCUAUACAAAUACGAUUACAUAAUUACAAAAACAAAAAGAAAAUAAAAGAUAGUUAUAUCAAAGUUACCUACUACAAUUACUAAAUAUAUAGAAAUAAAAAAAGAAAAUAAUAAUAAACAACAAAAGCAAUAAAAAAACAAAAGCGAUCAAUAAAAGUAUGUGUAAUGUUUUAUAGCUCGUUUAAUAAUGUCUUUAGAGAGGAAUUUAAAAGUCUGCAUAAUUUAUUUUAUUUGUGUUUGAAGGCGUUUCUCUUAACCAUUUUAUUUUGUUAUAAAUUCUGGAUACAAUGUAUUUAUUCAAGCGAUGUCGAUAAUAGUUAUUUGCACUAGGCUCUUCAAGUUUUUUUCCCUUAUUUUACGCGUGUUGUAAGUGUUAAUAUUAAUAAUAUGUGUUCUAUUGCUAACCUAAAAAAGGAUCUCAGGUCUUUUAAAUUCACCAUACGAAACACAGCAGCAUUGCGCUGCUAUUAUACACUGGUAUUCUGUGAGAGCGUGGUCCUUCCCCGUUCGAGCCGACCCAUUCGUGCUACAACCAUAAUAUAGUUACAGCGUGGUUCUACCACGUAUAAAAACAUACUACAGGGUGAAAAGGCAUCUGCAUUUGGAGUCUCAAACAAAAGGAAAAUCCGAAGAGAACUAUGUCAGCGAUAGACUUUUUCGGGCUGUUGAUGAAGGCAAAAGGUUGAAAUGUCCAUAUGUGUUACCCAUACAGGUUAAGCGUACCCGAGGCAACACCGUUCACAGCGGUACUGAAGUUCGCCGCGGAGGAGUUCAGAGUCGAGCCGGCCACCAGCGCCAUCAUUACUGACGACGGCAUCGGAAUCAAUCCUCAGCAGACCGCGGGUAAUGUUUUCCUGAAACACGGAUCAGAGUUGAGGUUAAUCCCACGCGACCGAGUGGGCGUUGCCUCCACUUAGACAAUACAUUCUGAACAUUCCCUAUAUCAGAUUAAGUGAUACUAAAUGUUGUGUUUUAUGUUAAGCUGUAUAUAAAUACAAUUGUGUAUGUUAUGAUUUAAAUAUUUUUAUAUAAAUAAAAUAUAGUUUAU